AGCCUUUUAGAUUUUGGGGGAAAAACUGAGAUGCAAUGAAAGAAGUCAAGAACCAAACAUGAGAUGCAGCAAACAUUGAAAAGAUAGGUGAAGCUUGAAGCAGUAGAUUCAUAUAUUCGCUGAGCCAUCAAUCAAUGAAUCCCUGGUUUCCAUAGAACACUGACAGUGAGAGAAUCAACAAGUAAAAAGAGAGACAAGAAAGAAACAUGUUACGCCGAUCAGGAACAUGUUUAAGGUCGUGUUUAGUGAUAUUUGCACUAGUUUCAGCAUUGGGAGUGUGUGGACCUGCUCUUUAUUGGAGAUUCAAGAGAACUCUCAGAUUUGCUGAUUCCAAAUUCUCUUGCCCUCCUUGCAUCUGUGAUUGCCCCCAACCUCUUUCCCUUGUCAAGAUUGCCCCUUGGUUGGCCAAUCUCUCAGAUACAGAUUGUGGACGCAAUGACCCUGAUCUGAAGCAAGAGAUGGAGAAGCAAUUUAUAGACCUUCUGACAGAGGAAUUGAAGUUGCAAGAGGCUGUUGCUGAAGAGCAUGCUCGCCAUAUGAACAUCACCUUUGGUGAAGCGAAAAGGGUGGCUUCCCAGUACCAAAGAGAAGCUGAAAAAUGUAUUGCUGCCACGGAAACCUGUGAGGGGGCUAGAGAAAAGGCUGAGGCUUUGCUGAUCAAAGAGAGGAAACUCACUACAACAUGGGAACAUAGAGCUAGGGAAAUGGGUUGGGAAGGAGAAUAAGAACAACUCUCUGUUUAAUUCAGUCAAAUAUCACAUAGUCUACUACUUGAAGCA